AUAUAUCCUGUAAAGUGUCAUUGUUGCAAUUUUACUUUUGCGUAAUGUAAGCUUAUGCAGAUUAUUUACUGUUAACAGUAAUGAAGCAACAAACACAAAUGGGACUUUGCCAAAUGUUAAUAAUUAAAGCCAUUGUUUACAUAAACAUGUACUCCCUAAAAUUUGCCAGUGUUAUAUAUUAAUGAAUAUCCUCUAGUAUAAACAAAUAUAAGUAUAUCCUUGUCUCACUAAAUAUUGAAAUAUGUGUGGAUAAACUAAUGAAGGUGUGGUAAAAGUACCUCACCCAUAUUAUUUUUCAUGUAGGAAGCAAUAGAGAAGGCCUGCCAAAACGGAUCUGAGAUGCUCCCCAUCGAAGAGAGAGAUUGGGGUGAUGCUAAAAAACACAACUUAAUGGGCAUCCAUGAUGCUGUAAUGGACAAUGUUCGAAAAGAGUUAAAGAGGCUGCUCGAGUUUUUUGGAUAUGAUGAAGAUGAAAAAAAUUCGAAUGAUUCACUUUUCCUUGAAUUAAAUGAAAGAAUAGUUAUAAGGGACAAAAGCGAAAAUCAGAAGAAAGAUGCUAUUAUUGGUGGGGAACUGCACUUUUACCUUAGGGAGAAUCGAGAAAGGUCUCGUGUUUACUGUGAGAAAGUGUUUCAGACACUUUUUGAUGAGUUGAAAAUACGUCUGAACCCAAUACCAGAUGGCUACACAGAGAAAAUGCUGCAAGAAGAAGUAGAUGAGCUGAAAAAUUCUUACAAGAAACAAGCUAUAGGGCCUGCGAAGAUUGACGUACUAAAUGAGAGGCUACAGUCAUCAGAUAUGACUGGAUUCUUUCAAAUGUGCAAGGCAAUCCAAGGAUUUCAAAUGCAAAUCAAUGAGACAAAUAGAAAACACGAAGCAUUAAGUUUACAGAAUGAGAUACAGAAGCGUAAGCUGCAAGAGGUUGAAGAGGAAUCUGCUAGAGAGAGGGAAGAGCAUUCAAAGGCAUUACAGGACAUGGCGGAAAACAACCGGAUAGGUAUUGAAAAGAUGCUAAAUAUCCAGGAGGAGAACAGGUUGAAACAUGAAAGAAAAGUCAAAGAACUCUAUGAAGCUAAUCAUCAACGUAUAGCAGAAAUGACAAAGAGUGCCCAAAAAAAGGAUGAACAGAGGAUGGAAAUGCAUCAGCAAGAGAUGGCUAAGAGGCAGAAACAUUUUGAGGAUACCCUGGCUAAGGCCAAAAUGGAACUCCAGACUUCCCAAUCAGAAAACAGACGUCUUGAGGGUGAAGUAUGUUCUGAAAGACAAUAUUCUCAAAGACUGAGGGACCGUGGUUUUUUCUGGAGAUUAUUUAAUUGGGAUCCAGCUGAAUAGAAAAAUGAUUUUUGUGUAGAGAUUGGAAUUAAGGAUGACUUUUACAUUAAUGGCCACCAAGUAUGCUUUACCAUAAUUCUACCGGUAGCUCUUACCAAAUACAAAUUUCACAGUGGUUAAGUUCCCUAACGUAAGAGGUGUUCUGUAAUCCAGCACCAUCUCACAAUACUGCUUGUAGCAAGUGAAUAUAACCUCUAAACAGAUACUUAAGGGAGUGAUCCCAUAAACCUAUUGCACUAGCUGGAUCUAUCUAACUCUGGGAAAUCACUAAAUUGCAUUCAGUGUAAGCGGCUUAAAUUUCUGGCAUGCCUACUCAAGCUGCUAGGGGAUAAUUAAUAUUAGUCUCAUUAUAUCUAUCACUAUUAUAGUUACUCAAGGGGGCCUGCUGGAUAAUUACUCUCUGGUUCCUAAUUGCCAUAUGGUUUGGAAUAGUAGUACAGGGUGAAAAAUGCUCAAAAUUUAAUAAUAUAAUGGUCCAGAAUAAACAUGCAGGGUACGUGGAAAUUUUGUUUGAAAUUAAAUAACAGUAUGGGUCAUUGUGACGCUCUGAGUUUUGCACUAUCCAAACGUACAUUGAAAACAGUAACAUCUAAUCAAACAUUUUGACAGUUUUAUUGUAUAAGUUUUGAGACAAAAUAAUGAGAUUUACCUGUCAUGAACAACAAAGUCUGUCAAAUUACAAGUUAACUUAGACUUUUGAAGAUUCUUUUGUCUGUAGCUACUUAUAUUUGUCUGGUCUAACCAGCUAGUCUAAAACGGGGCCAUAGCGAUAGUCGGAAGGUUCAUUGGUCCGAAAGUUUACUAUAGAACCUUCGGACCAAUGAACCUUUGAUUAAAAAAUCGAUGAAAAUGUUACCACUUUUCGGACCAAUGAACCGUCGGACUAUCGAGACAUCCCUGUCUAAAACAGGAAAUUUUGAAGUGUGGUAGAGGCUGAAUACGGUAUUAUCCUGGAGUGAAGUGGUCAUUGAUUUAUAAGGUUUUAUAAAUUCAAGCCUUAAGUUUUUUAAAGACAUGAUUGUGUAGAUGGUGAUUAACCAUGGUGACUUGAAUACACCAGUAUAUUAUAAGACUAAAAAGAAAUCAAGUUAUUAUUUUACACUAUCAACUUCUGUACAUGUAGCUUGAUAUAGGCUACUUUGGUUAUACUACAGGCCCAUAGCCAGGGGGAGAAGGCCUCUUUUUUGUCGGGAAAAGGUCUUCUCUGAGUAAAAUUUUAUCUGGGUACAUGACGGUUUCAUGGUAAAAAGGUUCACUUUUCAGAAAAAGAACCCCCCUUUUGAAAUUGCUGGCUAUGGGCCUGAGUUCAAUGUACAUUAAUAAAUAAUAGAAAAAAAUAUUGCUAUUAUACUCCAGUGUUUUGGCAUUAAAAGGACAAUAAACUUAUAUAACAUUGCAGAGAUAGACAAGUUAAAUGCUACCAUUUUCUUGCCUUAUCACCAGUUUACAAAUGCAUGAUAUUCACAGGGGCCGAACCAGAGAUAUUUACUGACAGUCUUCCAAGUUAUCUUAAAGUUUGUUGACUCAUCUUCCAUCUUUGACCGUAUUCCAACAGCAAAAAUUAGAUACCCGAUAAUGUAAACUUGAAAUCUGACCGUCUUCCAGAAGACCCAGAAGAUGGUCUCAAUCCACCCCUGUGUCCAGCCAUAAUUUGGACAGCCAUUAGCCCCAGUAGAUGGCUGAAUGACUUUUAAAACUUUUGGGUUGGUUGGUUGGAUUUGCUUGAGUUUAACUCCCUGUAAAUCAAUGACCAAUUUAAAAAAAUCAUAUUUUGGACCCCCUCGUACCCCACAUCCUUGGGAAACCCUGAUUGAUAGAAUAUUGUAUUUUAUUAGAUUGGCAGAAUAAAUAUAUAUUGAAUGAACAAGGAAUACAGAUGAUAUAUAUUUACAGAAGAGUAAAAUAGACCAGUGCUCACUUGCUCAAGAGAAUUGCUAUAUGCAUUCACAUGAAAAAAAAUGUGAUGGUUUAAAAUAUGCAGUAGGAUAGCAAAACGGGUAUAUAAAUACUAUGAUUGACCAAUAAAUUAACACCAUAAAUCCAUAAUUAAUAUCAGCUUUAUUGACUGUGUUCAGUGGUAUAUAUUUAUUCUUUUUUGUGUGUUUCCUUUGUGAUUUUUCUUAAUUGUGUUAUCUAUAUUUGUGAUAGACUAUAACAGGUCUUAAUUUGUAUCUACAAGUACUUUAUAUGUAAUUUUAUGUUUAUAAGAAACGUGCUAAGAAAUUAAGCAUUGUUAAUAAGCUCAGCUCGACGACCCUUGGACGCUGGUGGUACAGGACGUGCCUUCAAGUAUUGUCAAAAUUUACAAAAACUAAAAUCUUAAAUGCAUGUACUGGAAAUAAUUUAUUUUGGUAAUCUGAUGAUACAGAUAUGAUUGUUAACUCUUUCCAUGUAAACCAGAUUUUGUACUGAUGAAUGUGAUAAGGUUGUUCAAUCAAUUUUAAGUAAUUGCUGACUGAAUUAAAGCCACUUGUCAUGUUUAGCAUCCUUAUGCGACACAUACUUUGCUUCUGGAUAUAAUUUUUUUAAUUAUGCAUAUUUUACAACUUCUGCAGUUAAGGUUGAUGAGUGAUAUUUACAUACAUGUUAUUGUUUAUCUUUACAUGUAACUGGGAUUGAUUGAUGUUUUAGAAUAUAUUCUG